UUUGUUCCUGCAAUAUUUGUGUAACAGUUUCCUACUUGGAUUGCUGCCUGGGAGCCUCGUAAACUGCAGAGCCCUGCAUUGAUUGUUGCUGUAAAUAAAAGCUGCAAUUCCAUUUGCAUUUACUAAAGACUUCUGCUUUUAAAGGGGAAGCAAUGACAGAAGUAAAGAGAGAGAGUUUCGGGGAAUGUCGUGAUGGCAGAGGGACCGUGGAAAAAUUCCUGCUCAAGUCAGACGCGGUUAAAGUGGAAAUCAUCUCUUUAGGCUGCAUAAUCACUGCCUUGGAAACCAAAGACAGGGAUGGCAAAUUUGCAGACAUUGUUCUGGGCUUUGACCACCUGGAAGGGUACAUCCAAAAGAACCCCUAUUUUGGAGCCGUUGUUGGACGGGUUGCUAACAGAAUUGCCAAAGGAAAGUUUGUGGUUGAAGGACGGGAGUAUCACUUGGCUCUCAACAAUGGACCCAACAGUCUGCAUGGGGGUAUAAAAGGCUUUGACAAGGCUGUCUGGACUCCAGAAGUACUUCCAGAAGGUGUAAGGUUUUUCAGAAUAAGUCCCGAUGGUGAAGAGGGAUACCCCGGUGAACUGAAAGUGUGGGUGACGUAUACCCUGAAGAAUGCUGAACUAACAAUACAUUAUAGAGCUCAAAGCAGUAAGACCACACCAGUCAAUCUGACCAACCAUUCAUACUUCAAUCUUGCAGGUCAGGGGUCACAGAGUAUCUAUGACCAUGAAUUUACCAUAGAUGCAGAUUCUUACCUGCCAGUAGAUGAAACUCAGAUCCCCACAGGAGAAGUUGCUUCUGUGGAGGGCACAGCCUUUGAUCUGAGAAAACCAGUGGAGCUUGGGAGACAUUUGCAGAAGUUUCACCUCAGUGGGUUUGACCACAAUUUUUGUCUGAAACAGACGAAAAAGCCUCGCUUCUGUGCAAGAGCUUACCAUCCCUCUAGUGGCAGGAUGAUAGAAGUUUACACAACUCAGCCUGGCAUUCAGUUUUACACUGGAAAUUCCUUAGACGGCACCUUAAAGGGCAAAGGAGGCCAUGUAUAUCCUAAGCAUUCCGGUUUCUGUCUUGAAACUCAGAACUGGCCAGAUGCGGUGAAUCAGGUUCAUUUCCCAAAUGUUUUGCUGCACCCAGGAGAGGAAUAUAGCACCACAACUUCCUUCAAGUUUUCUGCUUAAGACAAGUGCAGUAAAAAUUGUGUGAUCUGCAAGAAGUGAUCAAAUGACUCCAGUUGAUAACUGUAUGGUCAAAUGCUUUGAUUCUAAAAACUGACAAUAGUGUCCAACUGUUAAUGAAAAUGAUGAUCCUCUCUACUCACACAUUGCCUUUUAAAUAAUGUAAAUUAUCUUGAGAGAUCUCUAAGCGGAAAGGCAUGGUAGAAGUGUAACAUUUAAGCUAAUUUUAAGAGGGGUUAGCCCUGUUCUCUAAAACCAGAUCUGUACACAAUUCUGUAGAUGUAAAUACAAGUAGCAAUAAACUCAUUGUUUACAAUUUAACACCAGCAAUCAACCUAAAUAAAAGUUAGAAUUGCUCCUCUGUAAUAUGAAUAUUAAUGAGGUACAAACUAAAUAUUCUAAAAGCACCAGACCCCACCUUGGAACCUAAAGUCUGAUUAUUGCUUGGUGGAAGAUUGCCAAUGAAUACCAGGUGCUGAAGGUGCUAUUUCAGAGGAAGAAACUGGCAAAGCCACACUAGUAUUUCUUGCCUAAAACAGUAUGAAAUUAAUGGGACCAUAAUGGCAAUAUGAAAACACACACACACAAAUAAUUGAAUACCUGAAUAAUGCACCAACAUGCUACUGUCAUAGUAAAGGUACCCGUCCAAUACUCAUCAGGGCACUAAGUAGUAUGCCAGGUGCUGAACAAAGCUGAACAUAGGAAGCCCUACCGGGUUUCACAUGGGAUGUCUCCCAGCAUUAAAUUGAAAUUGUGCACUGUACGGCAGCUGUUUUUCCUCAGCUGUGUAGAAGUUAUUUCAAUUGGGGCAAUUUCCACAAAUGGUAGCUGCUAAAGGUUUCACAGUACAAUGCAACACUGUGGAGAGCUUGAGUUCCAGCCCAAACCAUUCUGGUAUUUCUUGUGGGUGUGUUCCCAGUCAUUACUGAAUUUCAAUUUUUUUAAUUAACUCUGAACAUUCUGAUGUUCUUGUGAGCUGUCCCUGCAGUGCUUUUUUCGUUACAGAUUGAAUCUCAGGAAAAUAAAUCCACCAUUUAGGCUAAAUUGUUAAAGUGUGCUAGCGAGCAAAUACCUCACAUUUGAGUGAAAACACUAAUACUAAUCCCAUACAGGACAAGAUCAUAAACAGUGUACUUCUAUUCUCACCUUCUUCUUUGGUGUUUAACACUAGCUAGUAGUGGUUCUCAACCUAUGGGUCCCCAGGCGUUUUGGCCUUCAACUUCCAGAAAUCCUAACAGCUGGUAAACUGGCUGGGAUUUCUGGAAGUUGUAGGCCAAAGCACCUGGGGACCCACAGGUUGAGAACCGCUGAGCUAGAGCUAUUUGUCACAGGCAGGGAGACAGCAUGGCACCAAGCAACACUUCCCUAGCUGUUGUGGCAUCCCAGUGGACCUUGUAGGAGAUACUAGACACUUCCUGCAAGAUUUAAAGAUGCAGGUACCUAUAUUCAAGGAAGGAGUACAGCUCCACUCCAGUUCAAGCGGAUUCUGGCAAUAGUGCUGACUGUUAGCACUGCUUCUUGUUAACUAUAAUUUCCAAGUUAGAGCACUGAUACUGUGCAAGCUGCAUUGCUUGCCAGUUUCUUUUUAGAUGCAUGCCAUUACUUGUCAUUUUUAAAAUAGGUGCUUAACGUUCCAAGGACCUACUUCAUGUCCUUGGCCAAAUGUUCACAAGGAGCAGGGCUUUUAAUGAAGCGUUGAAACUAAAUCUGUGUUCUCAGUUUUUGUUAUUUCUUUAGGUAUUCAGCAGACCUGCUUAAGACUCCUGUGAUGCUAUUUAGAUUUCCUCUAGGAAGCCCUGAAAACGUCACUAUUUAAGCUUCUACUUGUUUUCAACAGACUGGAAUCAAAACAUCAGUAUUUUAAAAUUUCUGUGUAAGAUUUACUUGAGGACUCAAGUCUACUACUUCUCUGAAAUGAAUCUGGAGGCUAUAUAUCUUUCUGUAGCUGUGUAUGCAAGACAUAUGUAGGAAAAAGUAUGCAAAUUCCUACCAUCUAAUGUUAUUUACGGAAUGUUUGACUAGUAUUAUGGGAAAGGAAAAACAAAGCCAUCUACUAAUAGAAUGAGAAAUUGUAUUUGUUUCAAAAUGGCUAUACAGUGUUUCCUCACUAUUUUGCGGUUUGCUUUUCACAGAUUCGCUGUUUUUCAAUAAAUUUUAAAAUAAUAUUAUAAAUAAUAAAAAAAUUCAAUUUACAGCCUAAGGAAGGGAGGAAGGAGAAGCUGAAGGGAGAGAAAAGGAGACCAAGCGGCAACGGGAGAAGAAGGAGGCGAUUUGUCAACAAACAAUUGGUUGAUAAAGACUUAAAAUCGUGUAUAAUACUAAAUAUAAUGUAUAAAUAUUAAAAUAAAUAUAGCAUCCCCACUUCACGGAUUUUCACUUAUUGCGGGUGGUCCUGGAAUGUAACCCCCAUGAUAAGUGAGGGAACACUGUAUAGAUGCAAUUCAGGACUUUUCUCCACUAGACCAUUAUCCUCACUCCAGACAAGAAAUUCUAUUAUGUGGUAGUCAUUUUUUUCAUAAUUCAUGUAGGACUAAAGGGGACCAUUAAAAGUUACAGGACAGUUCAAGUAGAUAUUUUACUGGAGGUUCUGAAGUCACCAUUAAGCUGGAACAGAACAUCCCAAGAUCCUUAAAAGGAUCUGCUUCAUUGGGCAUUAAUUAUCCCCGAAUUUCCGUCCUUGGUGAAGAUUCUGCUCAAAAUUAAUACAAAGUCACUAGCAUAUAAAUUGCUCCAGCCUUAAAAACCGACAGCCUAUUUUCCACACAAAAUUCUAAUUGCCAAUUGUGAAAGUGAGUAAGCAACCUACUUGAUUAGAAAAUGGAAAGCAUUUUUAUUUAUCAGAAACAGCAUAUUCAUUCAGUAUCAUAAAUAUAUCCAUAUCAAGAUAGUUUAAAGCAAGAACUGUUUUCAGGGAUAUUAAAAUUACUGUUCUCAGCCCUUUACCCGCAGAAGGCUAUCCAUUUUGAUGUAGAUAGCAAGAUCUAAUUGUCAGACUUAAGUGAUUGUAACAUUUAGCAGUAAACGUGAUUAGAAGCAUCUACAAAACUUACAGCAGACCAUGGGAUUUCCACAUGAGACAUGAGAAAAGGCAACUGCUUCAAAUAGCUUUCUUCAUCUUCCCACUUUCAAAAGACUAAAUUCUUCACAUUCAUUAUUCUGCCAAACUUAGAUAACAAAAGUUGUUGGCCAUUAUCUAUUUAAGAAAAAACCCUUUUACGAUCCUUAGCAACAAGAAUUACCAGUACACCUGGGUUUGCAUAUGGCUUGUACAGUGUAUAGGGAGGACCACUGACAUCUCUUGUAAAAGCAGUUCUUAAAAAUAAGUUUUAAAAAGAUGCUAUUUUCU